CAUGCAGGAGAACUAUGAGAUGGUGACCUCGCUGGGAUUUCCCCUUGCCAAACCUGAGCUUAUCGUCCGCCUGGAGAAAGGGGAAGAGCCGUGGGUGCCGGAUCUCCAGGCCUGCGAGGAAAGAUGGCUUCCGAGAUGCCCCCAUACAGCAGGUGCUGAGCGAGGGAAUGAGAAUGAGGAGGAGAAUCAUCAUCAGGAAGUUCCUGGAGAAGUGCAACCGCAGGCGACCUUUGUGGGAGGAGCUGAAGGGAAAUGUUUCAGUCCAAAGUCAGCACUAAAGUCACUUAAGAAAAGCCACACAGGAGAAAGGCCCCAUAAGUGCUUGGACUGUGGGAAAAGUUUCAUGCAAAGGUCACACCUUGUUAAACAUCAGGUAAUCCACACAGGAGAGAGACCCCACAAGUGCUUGGACUGUGGGAAAAGUUUCAUAAAAAGGUCAAACCUUGUUCGACAUAAGGCACUCCACACAGGAGAGAGACCCCACAAGUGCUUGGACUGUGGAAAAAGUUUCAUAGGAAGGUCAGAAUUUGUUUAUCAUCAGGCAGUCCACACAGGAGAGAGACCCCAUAAAUGCUUGGACUGUGGGAAAAGUUUCAUGCAGAGGUCACACCUUGUUCAACAUCUGGCAAUCCACACUGGAGCGAGACCCCACAAGUGCUUGGACUGUGGGAAAAGAUUCAAACACAGGUCACACCUUGUUCAACAUCAGGCAAUUCACACAGGAGAUAGACCCCACAAGUGCUUGGACUGUGGGAAAAGAUUCAAACACAGGUCACACCUUGUUCAACAUCAGGCAAUUCACACAGGAGAUAGACCCCACAAGUGCUUGGACUGUGGGAAAAGUUUCAUACCUAGGUCAGCCCUUGUUAAACAUCAGGCAGUCCACACAGAACAGAGAUCCCAUAAGUGCUUACAGUGUGGGAAAAUUUUCACAUAUAGGUCGGCACUUGUUAAUCAUCAGCCAACCCACACAGGAGAAAGGCCCCACAAGUGCUUGGAUUGUGGGAAAAGUUUCAAGCAAAGGUCCCACCUUGUUAAACAUCAGGCAGUCCACACAGGAGCGAGACCCCACAAGUGCUUAGACUGUGGGAAAAGUUUCAUACGAAGGUCAGUCCUUGUUUGUCAUCAGUCAGUCCACACAGGAGAGAGACCCCACAAGUGCGUGGACUGUGAGAAAAGUUUCAAAAGAAGGUCAAGCCUUGUUCAACAUCAGGCAAUCCACACAGGAGAGAGACCCCACAAGUGCUUGGACUGUGGGAAAAGUUUCUUACGAAGAUCAGAAUUUGUUUAUCAUCAGGCAAUCCACACAGGAGAGAGACCCCAUAAGUGUUUGGACUGUGGGAAAAGUUUCAUACGGAGGUCACAGCUUGUUCAACAUCAGGCAAUCCACACAGGAGAGAGACCCCACAAGUGCUUGGACUGUGGGAAAAGAUUCAUAAAAAGGUCAGACCUUGUUUCUCAUCAGGUAGUCCACACAGGAGAGAGACCACACAAGUGCUUGGACUGUGGGGAAAGUUUCAUACGAAGGUCAGACCUUGUUUGUCAUCAGUCAGUCCACACAGGAGAGAGACCCCACAAGUGCUUGGACUGUGGGAAAAGUUUCCUAAGAAGGUCAGACCUUGUUUGUCAUCAGUCAGUCCACACAGGAGAGAGACCCCACAAGUGCUUGGACUGUGGGAAAAGUUUCCUAAGAAGGUCAGACCUUGUUUGUCAUCAGUCAGGCCACACAGGAGAGAGACCCCACAAGUGCGUGGACUGUGAGAAAAGUUUCAUAAAAAGAUCAAACCUUGUUAGACAUCAGGCAAUCCACACAGGAGAGAGACCCCACAAGUGCUUGGACUGUGGGAAAAGUUUCAUACGGAGGUCAGACCUUCUUAGACAUAAAGUAGUCCACACAGGAGAGAGACUCCACAGGUGCUUGUACUGUGGGAAAAGUUUCAAACACAGGUCACACCUUGUUCAACAUCAGGCAGUCCACACAGGGGAGAGACCCCCACAGGUGCUUGCUCUGUAGGUAAACAUUCAGACAGAGAUCAGCCCUGGUUAAACACCAGAAAAUCCACACAGGAGAGAGACUCUGUAAGUGCUUGAACUGUAGGAAAAGUUUCACAUGGAGAUUAGACCUCGUUCAACAUGGGAGAAUCCACACAGGAGAGAGACUCCUCACAAGUGCUUGGACUGUGUGAAAAGUUUCAUACAGAGAUCACAGCUCAUUAAACAUGAGAGAAUCCACACAGGAUCUAAACUUCUGUGACACAUGACAAAAAGGGUUAAGCAGCUUCCAUGUAAUUGACUCAAAUCAGGCCUUGUUACACGUCAGGGAAAACUAAAUCCUCAGUACCACUUCCAGGGCCGGCUCCAGGCACCAGACGAGGAAGCACGUGCCUGGGGGGGCACUUUUUGCUUGGGGUGGCAAAAAAAGCUUGAGCUGGCCCUGAUCACUUCAAAGUAAUCUUAUUGAGAGCGGCAACAGUUCCUUAGUACCUCUCUGCAUUUGAUUUUGUUAGAAAAUCAAUAAGUUUGGAUGGCAUGAUCCCCAGAGGGACAGACGGUUCCACGGGCAGUCCUCCUUUGAUACCCCAUUAGAGAUUUCAAAAGGUGUCUUACCUCUUGAUUGGCGCCUUGGGGUUCGAAGGAGAACAGUCCGCAGUAGCUGCCGCGGGCUGAGCUGGGCGUUACCAUCCGAGUCAUGGCAUGAGUUUUUACUUUAAGGUUGGUUGUAACAAAUCAGAGACAGUUUAUUCUUAAGCAAUUGCAAGAGGGGAACUGCACACCCGGGCAGGGAAUCUCUCUUACUCCAGGUAGGGCUCCGAAGAUAAACAGUUGGAGCAAGACUUUCUACCUUUUUUUUAAUCGACAAUAAUGAUUAUACAUGAACAACCUUGCCACUUCCUGAAACCAGAAAAUUGGAUCUACAUAAAGGUCCAUCAGCGAAAGACCACACCGGCUCCACGCUGGAAAGGCCCUUAUCAAGUCCUGCUGACUACCAGCACCACUGUAAAAUGCCAAGAACUGACUGCCUGGACCCGUGCUUCUCACAGCAAAAAGGCCUCUCCACCUCAAGAGGACUUUACGACUGAUGAUCAGCCUGUUUCUCCUUCUGGUGCCGCUGUUUUUUUUGGGCAGCAGGAAAAAAGGACAAGAUAAAGUGCUAGUAACCUCUCCCUUGUCCACUGACAGGGGUAGAGAGGUGCUGCCUCUCUUCACUCAGCCCCUCUGCCCCAGCCCGUCUGCAUGCAGAGAGCACCACUGAGAGGGACUGGUUCCUACAGGGCCUUUUGUGGGAGGCCUGGAGACCCCACCUCUGCCUCCGCAGCAUCAGCCUCUGAAGUUCUGGCUCCGCUAGGAGGUGUGGUGGGGAUUAGCCAGCAGAUCUCUGUGACCCUCCACCAGAUUUCCUAGUGUAAACUCACUCUGAGCAUCUUAUGUGCUCUGACCAGUGCUCCCUCGUCUUUUACAUCCAUGUGCAGAAUGAAUUUGGUUGUAUGCACCAGGAUGUGACACAUCAUCUCCAUAUUGGCGCACAGAAGAUAAUUCAUG